AUUUUCAAUAAAAAAAUAUUUGUCAAAUGUCACCAUGCAAUCAAUCCAUUACGUUUCCAACAUGAUUCGAUUUAAUCACCUAAAAUCGCGAAUUCUUCUAUCAAAAUCCUGUGCCCACCAAAUAUGCAGGCAUUUCAACAGUCUAAGGGAUCCCGAUGUCUUCGACUACGAUCUUGUGGUCAUUGGAGGCGCCCCAGGGGGAUUAGCAGCCGCAAAAGAAGCGGCUUCUUUAGGCGCUAAGGUUGUAGUUGCCGAUUAUGAGGCUCCCAUCCUAGCUGGAGCUUCUUGGGGCUUAAGAGGCAGUGGGGCAAACGUAGGAAGCAUUCAAAAGAAAUUAAUGCACCAAGCUGCCCUUCUUGGGGAUGCUCUACAAGAUGCUCAAAGCUUUGGCUGGAAAAUUAGUGGUAAAACUGAGCACAGCUGGCAGAAGCUAACAGGCGCUCUACAAGCUCACUUACAAUCAUUGAACAGUACCAACAAACAGGAGCUAAGAGAUAAAAACAUCAGCUACAUAAGCGGACAUGCUAGGUUUGAAAGCAGCCGGAUAUUGCAAGUCGCUACAAACCAAGAAGAAGUCGCUCUUUCGGCCAAAUAUUUCCUGAUCGCAGUAGAGGGGUUUCCAAAGUAUCCCGACAUUCCUGGAGCUCUGGACUAUGGAAUCACUAGUGAUGAUAUUUUCACUUUGAAACACCCUCCAGGCAAGUCGCUGAUAGUUGGCGCUGGUUGUUCUGGAUUGGAAUGCUCAGGUGCUUUGAACGUGCUUGGCUAUGAAACAACAGUAAUGUUUAAAGACUCCAUACCUUUAAGAGGAUGCGAUCAACAGAUGGCCUCAAUUGUAAAAGCCGAAAUGGAGAGCAGAGGAGUUCGGUUUCUACUGGAGUGCCUGCCAGAGUCCAUUGAGAAAAACCAUACUGGAAAAUUGCAGAUUCUAUAUUCAAAUAAAACCAAGCAAAAGUUUUCUGCAGAGUUUGACACCAUCCUGUUUGCUAUUGGUCGACGAAGUCUUAUCAACGAGCUUCAGCUUGAAAGGGCCGGAGUGCAAACCGACUUAACUAAUGGAAAAAUCAUUGCGAAAAAUGAACAAACUAAUGUCCCACAUAUCUAUGCUAUUGGUGAAGUUUUAUACGGUUUUCCCGAUCAAACGCCCGUUGCAACUCAAGCCGGGCGUUUGUUAUCCAGAAGACUCUUUGGAGGCAGUAGGGAAACUGUGGAUUACGAAAACAUACCAACGACCAUAUUUACUCCUUUGGAAUAUGGAUUUGUCGGUCACAGUGAAGAAGAGGCUCACCAGCGAUACGGAGGCUCCGAAAUAGAAGUUUAUCACAGCUUUUAUAAGCCACCUGAAUAUUCGGUGUCGAAGAAGAGCACUUCCAACUGCUACUUGAAAGUGGUUUCGUCGAGGGACGCAGAUCAGAAAGUUCUGGGAAUGCACUUUAUUGGCCCGCAGGCAGGAGAGAUAAUCCAGGGCUUCUCCGCCGCCAUGAAAUGUGGCUUGACUGUUGAAUCUUUGAUAAAUACCGUUGGUAUUCAUCCGACCUUAGCGGAGGAGUUUACGAAAAUCAACAUCACCAAACGCUCCGGACGGGAUCCGACUCCAGCAUCAUGUUGCAGUUAGUAUUUUCAUUGGAAAAUAAUUUUCUUACAUGGAAUACAUUUUGGUCGAGCAUG